GGAGAUCUUGUUUUGUUGUGCCGUUGAGUCACCACCCUGUCAUUUGACAGAUGAGUUUGAUAGGAGCUAGCUUACCACCCGAAUCAUCAUAAUAAUACAUGAUCACUCAACACCAUUCAUCAGUCAAAACCACUGAGCAACACUCUACCUUUCUGCCAAGAGAAACAAAAUGGAGUUCGAGAAGAUCAAGGUCGCCAAUCCCAUCGUUGAGAUGGACGGAGAUGAGAUGACUCGAGUUUUCUGGAAAUCAAUUAAGGAUAAGCUUAUUUUCCCCUUUUUGGAUCUGGACAUCAAGUACUUUGACCUUGGUCUUCCUCAUCGUGAUGCCACUAAUGAUAAAGUUACUGUUGAAAGUGCAGAGGCAACUCUUAGGUACAAUGUAGCAAUCAAAUGCGCCACUGUUUCAACAGAUGCCAAUCGCAUGAAGGAGUAUAACUUAAAGCAACUGUGGAGGAGUCCCAAUGUGACUAUUAGGAACAUUUUGAAUGGUACUGUUUUCAGAGAACCGAUUCUUUGCAAGAACGUUCCUCGCCUUAUCCCAGGCUGGACAAAGGCAAUAUGCAUUGGAAGACAUGCUUUCGGUGAUCAAUAUCGAUCAAUUGAUUUAGUCAUAAAAGGACCUGGGAAACUGAAAUUGCUUUUUGUUCCAGAAGGAAAGGAUGAGAAGACUGAACUGGAUGUAUACAACUUUACAGGGGAAGGGGGAGUUGCACUUGCCAUGUGCAACGUUGAUGAGUCAAUCCGUGCUUUUGCAGAGGCUUCUAUGACCACAGCUUAUGAGAAAAAGUGGCCUCUUUAUCUUAGCACAAAAAAUACUGUUCUUAAGAAGUACGAUGGAAGAUUCAAGGACAUAUUUCAAGAAGUAUAUGAAGCCCAGUGGAAAUCUAAGUAUGAAGCUGCUGGCAUAUGGUAUGAACAUCGUCUCAUUGAUGAUAUGGUGGCUUAUGCACUUAAAAGCGAAGGUGGUUUUGUUUGGGCAUGCAAGAAUUAUGAUGGAGAUGUACAAAGUGAUUUCUUAGCCCAAGGUUUUGGAUCUCUUGGAUUGAUGACUUCAGUACUGGUGUGCCCAGAUGGAAAGACUAUAGAAGCUGAAGCCGCCCAUGGUACAAUUACUCGCCAUUAUAGAAUCCACCAAAAAGGAGGUGAAACCAGCACAAACAGCAUAGCUUCUAUUUUUGCUUGGACAAGAGGGCUUGCACACAGGGCAAAGUUGGAUGACAAUGCUAAACUGUUGGAUUUCACUCAGAAGCUGGAAGCAGCUUGUAUUGGAACUGUGGAAUCUGGGAAAAUGACCAAGGAUCUUGCGCUAAAUAUUCAUGGACCUAAGGUUGCUAGGAACCACUACUUGAACACGGAAGUGUUCAUUGAUGCCGUCGCAGCAGAACUGAGAGCAAAGCUUUCUUGAAAGCAUUGUGGGAGCACUUGCAGAUUUGAUUCUAUGCCUCGAAACUAAUAUCUUUCUGUUUUGUGCUUCAUUCCUGGUGUUCUGAGUAUUAGCAGCCAUAACUUGUGUAAAGUAAUGUCAGCUAAAACCAGUCUUUUAGGGUGGCAAAUUAACACAUGCAUUUCAUUAUAAAUGUCAGUUGUCAUUUAGUAUUUUUGUUUCUCUCAUUUCCUUGUGAUUUUCCUUUUCAUUUAUUUCAUUAUUUUGCCAGUUACAUUUCUUCAUUUGUUGAACUUAACGAGUUGUGAGUUUUGUUUCAUGGUCGGGCAACUGUGCCAUUCACCUUUCCUCAUACCAUAAACAA